GGUGUAACGAAAGGGAUCAAGACCGAUGGGAGGAGGGUCGGCCGGGGAUUUCUGAACCUGAGCCGACUUCCUAAAGUAAACUGAAAAGGUGAGUUACCUGCGGGACGGACACGGCACGCCCCUUGGCAGGUGGAACAAAUAGCGGACCUCUCGGUCUUGUCCCUCGUCUUCCUCCAUCCGUGUAUCUAUUCAUGUGUGAGCCAAGUUGUGCGCUGAGAACUGCGGGACGUCGUGAAUGUCAGUGUUCAGAGGAAUGAGAGAAGAAAGAGGACUGGAUCAUUUUGUCUGUUUGGCAGUAUGAUACGGGAUACAGUGGAAUGUGACUUGUGAGGUUAGUGCUGUGAAUCCAACAUGGAGGUGAAGAAGGAUGGAGGAGGAGUGUCAUGGUCUUCUUCAGGGGCCUCUUCUGCUCCAUCCAACACUGCCUCCUACAGAAGCACCCUCAUAGCCUUACUCUUCUUCUUCCUCAUUAUCGGGGUCUUUGUAGGCCUGCUUAUUGCCUACCUGGUGCCGGAGCAGCAUUAUUUCGUGGAGACAGUGGAGCUGAAAGGUCUGAAGUAUGAUCCUGUCCUGCAGAAUGAGAACUCUGGUUUCUCCAUAGUACUAUCCUCAGUUUUAAAGUCCAAGAUUAAAAAUGUCUUCACUGCCUCAUCAAUAUCACAUCACUACGUUGUUUGCAGUAUUGUUGCCUAUGGUAACAUUAAUGGUGACGUGAUGGCAACAUUCAGACUGGUCUUCAGGGUGUCCAAGGUCCAGCAGUAUUCAGACAACUUAGUUCAGGACUUGCUGAGAGCAGGGCUCAGCUCAGCGAUGCACGGGAAACCACUAGAGGUGCCAGAAUUUGGAGAGAUCAACGCUAUCAUCUUACUGGGAGCCAGUGGGAAGUCUUUUUAUGCUAUUGGAGAUGAGAUGACAGCCAGGUGUCUUGACAACACCUUCACUUGUGACAACGGAGAAUGCAUCACCAAACUGAACCCAGAGUGUGACUUCAUCCCCGACUGUGCAGAUGGAUCUGAUGAAGCUCGUUGUGCCUGUGGUACACGUCUUGCUAUGGGGAGUCGGGUGGUGGGUGGCGAGGAUGCUCGGCAAGGGGAGCUGCCAUGGCAGGUCAGUCUGAGGCUCCAUGGACGCCACACCUGUGGAGCCUCCAUCAUCAACGAACGCUGGCUGGUCAGUGCAGCACACUGCUUUGAGAGCGACAACAACCCCAGAGAGUGGACAGCCCUGGUAGGGGCCAGACUGGUGAGCGGUGAGGAGUCUGAGUCCAAAACGAUUAACAUCAAGUCGCUGGUUGUGUCUCCAGACUACAACCCUCUGACCACUGACAACGAUGUUACAGUGCUGGAGCUGGAGACCCCGCUCACCUUCGGCUCUUACAUCCAGCCCGUCUGCCUGCCUUCCCCAUCUCAUGUCUUUGCCCCUGGAUACAGCUGUGUGGUGUCAGGGUGGGGAGCACUAAACCAGUUUAAUACUGAGGCGCCUCCCACACUGCAGAAGGCAGUGGUGAAAAUCAUCGACUCCAAGGUCUGCAAUAAAUCGUCUGUGUACAGAGGUGCUGUUACUGACAACAUGAUGUGUGCUGGAUUCCUGCAGGGCAAGGUGGACUCGUGUCAGGGUGACUCUGGAGGGCCUCUGGUGUGUGAGGGGGCCCCGGGGAGGUUCUUCCUGGCUGGGGUGGUGAGUUGGGGUGUGGGCUGUGCCCAGAUCAACAGGCCUGGGGUUUAUUCCCGUGUCACCAGGCUCCGCAACUGGAUUCUUAGUCACGCAGAUCCCAGCUUGGUCCAUAAUUACUCCCAGUUUGUUCCCACUGUGCCAGUUACUGUGACAGCAGGAAGCUUUAAUAAUCCGCCAGUACCCAGGACCAUAGCCAUGGAUUUGUCACCUGCACCAACACUACCUGUCUUGAACUGCAGUGGAAACUUCCAGUGUAGCGCCGUCUCCUGCAUCAGCAAGGUCAACCCAGAGUGUGACGGAGUGCCAGACUGCCCCAACCAGGUCGACGAAAGAAACUGUGACUGCGGUGUACGUCCUGCGUUGGGCUCCCAUAGGAUCGUGGGUGGAGUAACAGCUCGAAGGGGGGAGUGGCCUUGGAUUGGCAGUCUCCAGUACCAGAGACUUCACCGCUGUGGCGCCACACUCAUUCACAGCAAAUGGUUACUCACAGCAGCACACUGCUUCAAAAGUGACCCGAGCCCCACUAACUGGGCUGUGAGCCUGGGAUCUGUGCUGCGCUCUGGGAUAGGAGCCCUGGUCAUCCCCAUCCAGAGGAUCGUCAUCCACCCAGCCUUCAACGGCACCAACAUGGACCAUGACGUGGCUCUGUUGGAGCUGGCGGUCCCAGCCCCCAUGUCCUACACCAUCCAGUCUGUCUGUCUCCCCUCGCCAGUGCACCACUUUCUUAACAAUGCAGAGUGCUACAUCACAGGCUGGGGAUCCAUGAGGGAAGGAGGUUCAUUGACCAACCUGCUGCAGAAAGCUGCAGUGAACAUCAUUGACCAGGCAGACUGCCAGCAGUCAUAUGGAAAUGUGCUGACUCCUAACAUGAUGUGUGCUGGUUUCAUGGAGGGAGGCAGGGACACCUGUUUGGGAGACUCUGGAGGGCCACUGACCUGCCGUCAACUCUCUGGCCAGUGGUUCAUUGCUGGAGUGACCAGCUGGGGACAUGGAUGUGGGCGAUUUGGUUUUCCGGGGGUUUACACUCGUGUGACGUCCAUCAGGAAAUGGAUAUCUACAUACCUGCCUUUCUGAAGGGGCAAAAAGGGAGCUGAACCUGCAAACGGGGACAGUGGAUUUUCCUGAUACAUCUUCUCCAGAAAAGUGUACUGUAUAAGGACUAAAGUCAUGCUAAAUGUCACACAUAGUUUCCACAAUAUUGACCUGUGUGACCUACUGGUCAUGGGUGCUGUUUGUAAUACUGUGCAAUCAUCUGAACUGGGACCAUCCUCUUUCAUAAUGUGCUGAAGAAAUAAGGACUGAGCUGUGGCUUAUUUUCAGACAAUCUGCUAGCACAUGCAUGAAAGUAUUUAUUUCAGUUAUUUAUUUUCCUGACUGUUAAACUUACUGUACAUGGUGUUGUGUAUUUUUUUUCCUUUUGUGUGGGGUUCAGAAUAUAUGUGAUUCAUGUAUGGGUA